GGAGAGGCUGCGGUGCUGUCUGAGACUUCGUGGUGCUGAAAGUGCCGCCCGCCGCGAUGUGGUCCGUGUUUUUCGUCUUGCUGUCCUACCUCGACAGAAACUUUGUCAAAGGUGAAUUCUUAAGCUCCCUGGACGCAGAAAAAGAGAGCAAAGAGUUGUUUUACAUGCUCAACAACACUCUCUGCGCCAGAACUUCAGUCGCAGGACAGUAUCAUCUCCAUCAGGUCACCGACGGGGUCGAAGAGGUUCGCUCAGUGCAUGACUCUCAAGGCCGUCUGGUCGAUUGCUCUGUCAUCCGAAACGAAAUGCAAGUCAAAUCCUUUAUGCACGUUUGCAGAAUUGGUUUGAGAGACCAGAAAACGAACUCCGAUUUGGAGCGCAGUUUGACCGGGGUGUCGGAGGCAAAGGCGGGUUGUAAUAAGUUGAAAUCUAGAAACGUGAUCGUGACAACGAAACAAUCAAAAGAGGCGAACUCGGAGGCUGCAGACGAUAACAAGACGCUCCGUCGGUCCAAGCGAGGUUUCACUUAUCCCGGGACACUUUGGUGCGGUGCAGGAAAUAUUGCUGCACAUUAUGAUCAGUUGGGUGAAUUCGCAGAAACGGACAAGUGCUGCCGCGUUCACGAUCACUGUCCCUAUGUCAUUCAUGCAUUCUCCUCCAACUACGGAUACACCAAUUUUAAAUGGCAUUCCCUCAGCCACUGCGACUGCGACAGCGCGUUAAAAGAAUGCCUGAGACUUGUCAAUGAUACGUCAUCCCGAGUGGUUGGACAAGCCUUCUUCAAUGUGAUCGAAGUGCCGUGCUUUGAGUUCUCAUAUGAAGAACAGUGUGUGGAGCGUCACUGGUAUGGAAUGUGUAAAAGGUAUGACCAAGUUCCCGUCGCAGCGAUCAGAGAAUCUAUCCCUUAUGACUUUGGGGGCAUUGAUGUCAUUGACGUUUUGACUAUAGCGCCUCCUAAGACCAAGGGGUCGGACGAAGAAAAGCAGGAUGAGAAAAAGGGCGAAGAGAGCACGACACAAUCUACGUUGUCCGAAUCGAAGACCACCGCCCCCGAAGAGCCCUCGCUAACAAAUGUGGUGACGGCCGCAGAGGAUUUCAUUAAAGUGCUUGCCACGGUCUCCACUUCGCAAAGCUCAUCCACAGAGGUGGGAAAAGGAGAAACGCAGUCGGAGAGGAAAAAGAAGAAAAAUUCAGACAAGAAGAAGAAAGAGAACAAAAAGAGAAGAGGAAAGGGGAAAGGCAGAAAGAAAAACCGAAAACCCGAAGCUGUGUUGAAGGUUGAUGAAGGGACGUCAAGUCCGCCCUCCACCAGUCAAACAGAGGAGGUCAUGGGUAAGAACAUAUUCGUAGAGGGUCAUGCAAAAAUAGAGAUAUUACGAACAAAAGUUGACAAUUUCAUGAACAGCGAACUCGAUACUGUGGGUAACGGUCCGCUUUCUAAUAAGAUGAUGAGAGACGAUCCUCCACGGACAGUCAAUGAAAGUCAGGAGGUUGUGUCUACUUCAGCAAGUACAAAGAAAGAAGAGAUACUAGAACGAGCAAAUAACACAGAAUCCAUCGCAACAACUACACGUGAUACGCCCAUUAUCCCAAAACUAAGACACAGAAGUCAAAAGAAAAAAACGAGAAAAACCAUUGCAGACCCAAAGGCGAGUCCACUCGCAGGUCUUAGCCUGCCAACGUCAAUGACAGAGAGUCCCAUUAUGGCAGUAAGAAAAGAGAUGCCACAGAGUACAGAGCACAACGAAGAAAGGAGACCUGUAGUCGGAACAUUCGCUACACAAAAUACACCCAUUGUGAGAACCAAGAGGCCAAAUUCAAGGCAGAGAGAAGGAAGACAGAAAAUGAAGAAAAUCCUCGCUCCCUCUACAGAACCCUCUGCAGAUAUCACCUCAGGAGAUUCCCAACCGCUCCCAGGUUCAGACACUAGGGGGGUAACAGUCGAGGAAGCUCGGGUGCUUGAGAGAUUAGGUUUAGACCGGCUUGAAAAUUUCGAGAGUUUAGUGACAUCAUCAAGCGCACAUGUUGGUAAUACAAAGAACAAACUGCAAAGUUUACAGGGCGCUACGGUAAGAAGGACAUUUGAAGAGGAACACUCCAACCCAUCCAAUGAAAGACGUGUUAUCAAAAUCUGUUAUGAAAUCGUUUUGCCCCCUGAAACUGACCAGUCAAUGAAUCCUGAGUUUACUACAGCCCCGACAUUUACUCUCGCUCAGACUAACAAUAGAUCAACGGUGACUCGCACUCCUAGAACCACAAAGAUGAAGAGAACCAGGAAGCGUGGAAAUAGAGAAAAAAAAGAGGAAAAGUUAAGACAGAGUGACAUUCAAUAGCUCUGCUGUGAUUUAGGUUGCUACAUGAUACGAAGGUCUUUUAAAUAAGAAGCAUGUUUUUAGCUACUCUGUUUUUUUAGAUCCGGUAGAUUGGCAGCCAGAACAAUUUUAUGAAGCAUAUGUUUCUCAACAUGAUUUCUCAAUAAAGUCAAUA